AUGACAACGAACCAUAGACCGACAUUAGAGAGCAAAAAAGGAAAAAACAUAACCAUACGAGAUUCAAUAGUGCAUGCUCGAUCUUUCCCACAACUGCAGAAUCUUAAAUUAAGGUCGGACAUACAAGCACAAACGUUAGACAAUGCCGUAAAGGAGUUGAAAGAAGAGACCAAAAGGGUUGAAGACAGUCGUGAUGAUGGUAGUAUAAAUGAUGCUGGUAAUGUGUUUGAUGAAGACGAAGGUGAAGUUGAUCGUCAGGUGGUACCAACACCGAAGGAGAAACAUCUAGGACAUAAACUUUCGAGUCACACGAAUAAGAGGAUACGAGAGGAUGAUAAAGACCAGCUCUCACUGACAGUUGGACAAGAUGAGAAUAUAACAAGCGAAUCUUGGAUGCAUAAAGAAGGAAAUUAUGAAGAACCAAUCUUGAAGAAGUCACGAGUGGAUGAUAAAGAAGCAGAUACUAGUGAAGUCGACGAUGAUGAUGAUGACGAUGACGAAGACACAGCUGCUUUAAUUGCCGAAAUAAACAAGAUCAAACAAGGCAAAACUUCACAAAGCUCAGAACAACCUUUGAAAACCCAAUAUACUAAUUUAGAUGACUUGUUAUCUCAACAAGAACCAUUCAAAAAGAAAACUGGAUGGAGAAAACUGACCAAGAAAUUCAAUGAAAAGAAACAGGACCAAAAUACCAACUUUACUACUGAUUCGCUAAAUUCACAGUUUCAUCAAGACUUUUUAUCAAAAUACAUUCGUUAA